AUGUCGUACGGGAAAGCUGCUGCCGAACGGAUCGCCGGCAAGACGAUCUUGAUCACCGGGGCGCUGGCGGGUAUUGGCGAGGCCACCGCCCGCGAGUUCGCCGACGUCAGCCACGGUAACAUCAAGCUUAUCCUUACCGCCCGCCGCCUCGAAAAGUUGCAACAAAUCGCGGCUGACCUCAACCAACAGUACCCGGGAAUCAAGAUCCACACCGUUGAGUUCGACGUGCUGAAGUUGGACACCAUCCAGCCGUUUUUGGACAACUUGCCCUCGGAGUACGCCCAGGUGGACGUGUUGAUCAACAAUGCCGGCAAGGCGCUUGGCCGGGACCCGAUCGGGGAGAUUUUGCUCGAGGACAUCGAAGGGAUGUUCCAGACAAACGUGUUGGGGCUCAUCACCCUCACCAACGCCAUCAUCCCGCAAAUGAAGCAGCGCAAUCUGGGCACCAUCGUCAACCUCGGGUCGAUCGCGGGCCGCGACCCUUACCCCGGGGGCGGCAUCUACUGUCCCACUAAGGCGGCGGUGAAGUCAUUCUCCCACGUGUUGCGUAAGGAGUUGAUCAGCACCAAGCUCCGGGUGAUUGAGGUCGACCCCGGCAAUGUUGAGACCGACUUUUCCAACGUGAGAUUCAAGGGCGACACCGCCAAGGCCAAGGCGGUGUACGCCGGCACCGAGCCGUUGGUGGCGGAGGAUAUCGCCGAGAUCAUCGUGUUCAACGUCACCCGCAAGGAAAACACCGUGGUGGCGGAGACGCUCGUGUUCUCCACCAACCAGGCGUCGGCAGUGCACUUGUACCGCGACGAGUCGAAGAUUUAG